GAUCCUAAAUGUCAUUGUCAGAUGUGACGAUUGAACGUGGCUGACACUAAUUAAUCUGUAUGUUUCUGUACCUUAAUUUAUCUGUAUUGAUGUUAUAACUGUGCAAUUACGGAGAAUCUGUGAUAUGAUAUAAACUACAUGUAUUUAUUUCAAAAUUUAUACAUUUCAAUUAUAAUCAAAACUCUAAAAAAUGGCUUUAAAAAAAGUAAAAGGAAAUAUAGAACGAAUGUUUGAUAAGAAUCUAACCGAUCUAGUUAGAGGAAUACGAAAUAAUAAAGAAAAUGAGGCCAAAUAUAUUUCGGAAUGCAUGGAAGAUAUCAAACAAGAGCUUAGACAGGAUAAUCUGUCGGUUAAAAGUAACGCAAUUGCUAAACUAACAUACUUACAAAUGUUGGGAUAUGAUAUAUCAUGGGCCGGUUUUAAUAUUAUAGAAGUUAUGAGCUCUAGUAAAUUCACUUUGAAACGAAUAGGAUAUUUAGCUGCCAGUCAGUCUUUCCACUGUGAUUCAGAGUUACUAAUGCUUACCACGAAUAUGAUAAGAAAAGAAUUGAAUUCUCAGAAUCAAUAUGAAGCGGGUCUAGCAUUAACUUCUUUGAGUUGUUAUAUUAGUACGGAUUUAGCAAGGGAUUUAUCAAACGAUAUAUUAACCUUGCUCAGUUCUACUAAACCUUAUAUAAGAAAAAAAGCAGUUUUAAUGAUGUAUAAAGUAUUUUUAAAGUAUCCAGAUGCCUUGAGACCAGCUUUUCCUAGGUUAAAGGAGAAACUUGAGGAUCCUGAUCCGGGUGUUCAAUCGGCUGCAGUUAACGUUGUAUGUGAAUUAGCAAGAAAAAAUCCUAAAAAUUAUCUCAGUCUAGCUCCGGUUUUUUUCAAACUGAUGACCACAAGUUCAAAUAAUUGGAUGUUGAUUAAAAUAAUUAAAUUGUUCGGUGCCCUUACGCCUUUAGAACCUAGGCUAGGUAAAAAAUUAAUAGAACCCCUUACAAAUCUCAUACACAGUACGUCUGCGAUGAGUUUACUUUACGAAUGUAUCAAUACCGUCAUCGCUGUUCUUAUAAGUAUUUCUUCUGGUAUGCCGAAUCAUGCUGCCAGCAUACAACUGUGCGUCCAAAAAUUGAGGAUUCUUAUCGAAGAUUCAGAUCAAAAUUUGAAAUAUUUGGGAUUAUUGGCGAUGUCGAAAAUUCUAAAAACACACCCGAAAAGUGUGCAGGCUCACAAGGAUUUGAUUUUGCAAUGUCUCGAAGAUAAAGACGAAUCUAUACGAUUGAGAGCAUUGGAUUUGUUAUACGGAAUGGUAUCUAAGAAAAACCUCAUGGAAAUAGUGAAAAAAUUAAUGGUACACAUGGAUAAAGCCGAAGGGACCGUAUACCGCGACGAAUUAUUAAGUAAAAUCAUUUUAAUUUGUUCCCAAAAUAAUUAUCAGUUUAUCACGAAUUUCGAGUGGUAUGUAACCGUUUUAGUAGAACUCGCCCAAAUGGAAUUCGGAUCUAAACAAGGUCACGUAAUCGGGGCUCAAUUAAUGGAUGUUUGUAUAAGAGUCCAAGCGAUACGAACCUUUACAGUGACAGAAAUGGCUCAAAUCAUUGACGUAUACGCGUCAACGUCGCAGUUUACCAUAAUGCAAGAAGUCUUGUAUGCAGCGGCGUGGUUGUGCGGGGAAUUUGCAGGUGAAUUAAAAGACCCCGAAGAAACUCUCCGGUCGAUGGUGAAAUAUAAGAUGCUUCCACAACAUAUCGAAUCCGUGUUUCUACAAAACAUCCUUAAAAUUUUCACUUUUAUUGUUAAGAAAUACGAAAUUAACGAACAGUACGACGACGUAUUACGUAUUUGCGAUUUGGUUAUGGAAAAAUUAUCCGAGAGUAUUAAAUCUGGUGAAUUGGAGGUACAAGAAAGGGCCAGUACGUCAAUAAUGAUAAUAAAAAUUGUACAGGAAGAGUUUUUGGCUAGAAAAUCCAAUGGAAAUUCGAAACUUAUGGAUAACGGAGAUGGAGAAGUUGCGAAUAUUAGUUAUCCGUUAAUAGCAGAUGAACUUGGAAGUUUUUUUGAUAGCGAAUUGAAUCCAGUUGCUCCGAAAGCUCAGAAGAAGGUGCCGAUACCGGAAGGAUUAAAUUUGGACGAAUGGAUCAACGAACCGCCGACCGAAUCAGAUUCGGACAGCGAAAACGAAUUAGAGGAAAAUCUAUUCGUCAAAAUGGACAAAGAAAAUAUAAGCAAAUAUCAACCGGAACCGACCAAAGAGGAAAUCAGAAAAAGUCGCGAAGCCAGAAAAUACGAACAACAAAACAACCCUCACUAUUUAAAAAGUAUCGAUACCCCUGAUCGAAACGGUGACGAAAAUUUCGAAAACGUCCCCGUAGCUGAAUUAAACCUCAACGUACCUCUGAAAGUAAUUGGACAAAAACGAUCCGACAAAUAUUUCAAAGCCAGCAACGAUAAAUUCACCAACAAAAAAAAGAAGAAUCGAAAGAAGAAACGCAAAUCCGCCAGUUCUUCCGAUGACGAUUUGAAUCAAGGACCGGUGAUCGAAAUAAAAAGGGACAUGGAAUUACCGGAAGGGGCGACGUUAUCCGACGCUGGUAGUGAUCGAUCCGAGAAAGACGAUCCCCAUCGAGCCCUAAAUAUCGAUUUGAAUUUGCCAGAAUACGAUUACACAUCAAAAGCGGCGGUAAUCGAAGAAAAGAAAAUUAAAAAAGAGAAGAAACGAUCGAAAAAGAAAUCCGAUAAAAACGAAACGAUUACCAAAGAUGAUGGUAACGGAGGAGAUAGAGAGAAAAAUAGGAAGAAAAAAAGUGAUAGGCGUAAAGGGAUAAAGGUGGAUAAAAGUGGCGAAGCGAAUUUAUUGGGUUUGGAUCAGGAUGUCGUCGUUAGGGAUUACGAGGAAGUUAAACAUAUUAAAAAGGAGAAGAAAAAGUCCAAAGAUGUUAAAGAAAAAGGAAGGGAAAAGAAGAAAAAAUCCAGUUCGGGUUACGAAGAAGCAUUAGGUAUAUCAACCCCUAGCAAGGAAUUCCAAUAACUUUGUUAAAUAUUUCAUAAAUUGUUAUUUUUUUCGAGUACUUUGAAUCGAUUAACAAAAAAAAUACACCGCAGGUUUUUUUAAAGUCGUGCCUCUUGAUCAGAAUUUUCUUUAAAAUUAUUUUUUUUUGUUUUACUCUAAAUAAAAAGAAAAAAUGUUCAACUUUACACUUAGGACUCAAACCAUUUACUUCUUUAUUUCUUGUUUAUUAUUAAUUUGAAAUAAAACUUCAUUUUUUGCCGAAAACAUUUUUGUUCUGGACAAAUUUUCCAUGAUUUUUUUAUUAAAGUCUUUAAGACAACUUAUUAUGUAUGUAUCUUAAAAAUAAAUGAAAGACUUAUCAAUAAUCAAUAAUAUUAUUAUUAUAAAUUACUUUGUAAUCUCCCCUUGUAUAGUUUAUUUUAAAAAAAUGUAUAUUAAAUAUGAGAUCAAUAAAUUAUAUUGUUUAAUAUAAAAAUUUUCUUUAUUUAGAUACCUCCAACAAAUUUACCUUAAAAAUGAAAAAAAAAAGAUUGAAAAUAUGGUUUAUCGAAAUUUAUAUUUUCUUACACACUGUGUACAUGUAUAUUAUCAAGACUAAUAAAUUCAUAUUGAACAAUUAUAAAAAAAAAUGGUUUUUUCCAAUAAAAUAAUUUAUUACUCACAAAAAUUAAUAACCAAGAACAAAUUAAGGACAAACUGGAUUUCCCACUUGUCCCGGAAACGCUAGCGAAUCAAUCGCGUGGAUUCUACAUAUCGAUUUAUAUCUCUCUUCGCCAUUUUCCCUAUAACUCCUACCGCGAUUCGUCCUUUGAGGAUAAUACCCGUUGUAACCAUAAGGAUAACCGUUAUUCUGAUAUCCGUUAUUUUGGUUCCCGUAGUAACUAAAUAAUUUCCAAGCCGGACCUGCCGCGCACAUGUCAAAAUAUAGGAACAACAUGGCUGAUACUAAUAACGCAACUAACUUCAUGUUAUUACCUAAUGAUUCUCCACUAAAUUGAUGUUAUUACUUCUUAAUGAAACAAUCUACUGAAUUUAUUAUUAUUAA